AUUAUUUCAACAACUUAACAAAAAGAAUAAAAUUUGUUUUAAAAUUUAAAUGUGAGUUAGAUUUUCAUUUCUAAGUUUGAAUUAAACGAUUAAACAUUAUAUUUUAUUUAAUAUAAUUUGUGAAAAUAGUGUUUUUUAAUGUUAAAUAAGUUUAAAUGCUGUUGUAGUUAAAUUUGAAUUAAAGGUAUAAUAUUAUUUUUAAUAAAAAAUAAUUUGUUAACAUAUUUUUUCAAAUUUUUAACAAGUUUUUCAAAAUAUAUUUGGCGGAACUAAAUUAAGAAAAAAAUUACCGUUUUGCUGGCUAAUCUCUGAUACGUUCGACAAAUAUCAAAUAAACAGUCUAACGAAUAAAAAAUCAUGGACAAACAAAACAACAACAACAACAACAAAGAGAAUCAUUAUCAGUAUCAAAGUAUCACCAACAACAACACCAACAACAACAUCAACAACAACGACAACAGCAGCAACAACAACAACAACAACAACAACAACAUAGAACUCAGUAACGAUGUUGCAAUCAGACCUGCAAAUGUUGAACCACACUGCCACACAUGGGUGGAGCUGAACGAACCACUGACGCAAAGGUUUGCCGUGAGGCAACUUGUCAAAGCAUCCAUCCUCUGUCUCGUCUUCAUCAUUGCUGAAGUUGCUGGCGGCAUCAUCGCCAACAGCUUAGCCAUCGCCACAGACGCCGCUCACCUGCUCGGCGACUUGACCAGCUUCGUCAUUGGAAUUUGCGCUCUCUUGUUAGCCGCUAGAGCGCCAACAAAACGUAUGAGCUUCGGCUGGUAUCGAGCUGAAAUCAUGGGUGCCAUGUUGUCCAUCCUAAUCAUCUGGCUGGUCACGGUCAUCCUGUGUUACAUGGCCGUCAUGAGAAUCGUCAACAACAAUUACGUCAUUAACUCUCUCGUCAUGAUGAUCACCGGAGGACUGGCGGUACUAUUCAAUCUCUGCAUGAUAUUUGUUCUUGGACACGGACACUCCCAUUCCCACAAUCCGCCAAGCUCUCCUAACAACCACUCCCUCGCCUCAUCAACGGCAAUGCACAGCGCCGAACAACCUGACGCCGCGUCGACAUCGAACGCCGACGUGGAAAGUGGUCGAUCCAGCGGCCAGUCUGAGAAGAUGAAGCUGGUGCAAAAGAAGCAGAGUGACAUCAACGUGAGGGCCGCCUUCAUCCACGUCAUUGGUGACCUCGUUCAAAGUGUUGGAGUCUUCCUGGCUGCUGUCAUCAUCUACUUCAAACCCGAAUGGAAAAUAGCCGAUCCCAUAUGCACUUUCAUAUUUUCUGUCCUGGUCCUCAUCACAACGGGAAAAAUAUUAAAAGAUCUCAUGCAGGUUCUCAUGGAAGCUGUCCCGACAAACGUGCCAUUCAACCAAGUGAAAGAACAACUGAGGGCCAUCACGGGCGUCAAGGAGAUCCACAACUUGAGAAUUUGGUCCCUGACCACUACGAAGGUGGCUCUGUCGGCCCAUGUUGCCCUAGAAAACCUGCAGCAGAGUCAGCAAGUGAUUACGCAAGCGAACCAAAUGUUGAAAGACAAAUUCAACAUAUACGAAAGCACCAUUCAAGUUGAGAAUUACGUCAACGGCAUGGAUGAUUGUAACAAAUGCAAAGAACCAAAAGAUUAACAGCCAUUACAUUUCUUAAUCAAAUCACAUUUAACAUUGAUUACAUUUCCUUACAAAUCUGUAUAAUAAAUUGAAGCGAAUCAAAAAAAGUAAAGUUUGAUUGUUUAUUAAUUAUAAAAAGUAAAUAAAAAAAACGAGCACAUAAAGUAGUUCAAUUAGCUUCUUAAUUCAAAAACGAUUUAAAAUUGAUUAGAAUUUAUUUGUGCCUUUUAACCGAUAGCGAUAAUUUGCUACCAAAAACCAAUUGUUGUAAAAAUUAAAAAAGGGAAACAAAAAAGUGUCAACAUUCAGAAUAUGAAUGACGUCAACAUUAAUAUAACAUAGAAAAGUACAAAAAUUUACCUUAUUUCGAAUUUUACGUUAACAAAUUUAAACAAUUCAAUGUAAAGGAUUGAUUCACUGAUACCACAGCAAUGUAAUAUUUUAUCGAUAUAAUGAACAUGAAUCGAAAGAAAAAAUUCACUCUGAU